UUUAUGAUUGUGAUAAUUUUUAUAAACAAUAUAUUUGAAAAUUAGUGUAAAAUACUGAAUGUGUUUUAUUUCGUUUCGAAAAAUAUUUAUAAAAGAAUCUUUGCUUAUUCUUUAUAUGUUUUUGGAAUUAAUUAAGAUUCGUUAAAAUAAUCGGAGAGUGCUUGGAAUGUUGGUGUAAAAAUAACCUUUUGUCUAAACAAACAUCACCCGUCAAUAUAAAGUUUGUGAGAAAUGACUGAAUUUUAAAUUUGUUAGAAAAUAUCAAAAAUUUUUUUUUAAAUUGAAUUAAGUUCUGCAAAAUGGAAAUAUAAUUAUUUUGCAUUAUUAUUUGUAAAUAUAUAAAGUUGUCGAUAUGAGUCACAAUGGGACUUCGAGCGGUGGUGACGAUUUGGGCAGCACAGAUGAAGUUAAAGUUUUCAAAGAUGAAGGCGAUCGCGAAGAUGAAAAAAACUCUUCUGAGAACUUGUACGAGGAAAAAUCAAGUCUUAUAGAUUUAACAGAAAGUGAAUUUGCAUCAUUCCAAAAGAAAAAUAAGUCUCAGUCAACUAAAUCAGAUAAUAGUACUCCGGUAUUCAGUAAAGUAGAACAAACAAGUCCAAACUUCAAUAUGGGAUAUUUGAUGCCACCUUAUGGUUCAUAUACUAAUGGAGCAUCAGUUGGCAAUAAAAUGGGUUUGCCACAAUUUUUUUGUCAUAGUAAUACGGACACAUCAUUAACAACGCCUCCUCCUGCUCAUUGCGGCAUUCCGCCGUAUCAAUUGGAUCCCAAAAUGAUUGGUUUAGCUGGAAGACCCUUUUUUGCUGCUAGUCCGUAUCCCUAUCCUAUUUUGAGUCCAGAAAUUUCUCCACCGCAACUUGGACCGUCCUGGCAUACACCGACGGUUUAUGCCACGGCAAAUUUUAAGAAUCCAUAUUCGGGUCCAGAUUUUCCAUUCAGAUUUUCUCCAAAUAUUUAUCAUAAUACAAGCAGUGCAGAAGGUCUGGUUAUAAAUACCCAUCAACAUCCAUCUUCAUCAAAUAAUGCUAGACAAGAAAAUUUAGCUAAUUUUAAUAACAAAUUUAAUAUGAAUCGAAAUGCACCGCAACAAGAAACUAAAGAUGUAAAUAAAAGUUCAAAUACAAAAGAAAUUCAAAACGCAAAAGAAACAGCUGAAAAGAAAAGAAUACAUAUAAAAAAACCGUUAAAUGCGUUUAUGUUGUACAUGAAAGAAAUGAGAGCGAAAGUCGUGAAUGAAUGUACUUUAAAAGAAUCUGCUGCCAUAAAUAAAAUUUUAGGUCAGAAAUGGCAUGAACUUAAUCGAGAAGAGCAAAGUAAAUAUUAUGAAAAAGCAAGGAGAGAACGUCAAUUGCAUAUGGAAUUAUAUCCCGGCUGGAGCGCCCGUGAUAAUUAUGGUUAUGUAUCGAAAAAGAAAAAACAUAAAAAGGAUAGACAGCCAGCUGAUUCGUUAGCCAACACAAUGAAAAAAUGUCGAGCAAGAUUCGGUUUAGAUCAGCAAAGCAAAUGGUGCAAGCCAUGUCGACGCAAGAAAAAAUGUAUCUUUUACACAGAGUCCCAAAAAAAUGAUAAUAACAAUGCUGAGGUAGAUGGAACUCGACAGAAAGGUGGUAACAAUAGCGAUACUUAUAACUUAGGAAGUUGCAGUAGUACAGAUGACAUAAAAACUCCCGAGGAUGAUGCUGAAUCUUUCAAUCAAUCUUUAUCAAGCCCUGGCGGUUUAAGUAAUUUAUCUUCUCUUCAAUCACCUGCUACAUCAAUUGCAUCACAUUCUAACCAAAUAACUAGUCCGGCCCCUCCAAGCAGCUGUCAAGGAGAAUUUAAUCAGCAGAUUCAUCAUCAGUUUCUGCAAAAUACUUUUCACCAAAAAGAUAUAAUGUCAGCAAAUAACAAUUUUAUGACUCAUUCACUGCCAAGGAAAAAUAUUGAGAACGAGCCUCAAUUAUUUGAUAAUAUUAUUAGUGCCAAUGAUAAAAAUAAUGAUUCUAAUAUUUUAGCGAAAGUAAAAGCGUGUAGUGAUAAUAUAAAUAACAGUUCUAGCAAUGCGAUUUUAGCCCCAAAAGAAACUUUGAAUAAUGAAGUCACGAGAGAACCAAAUUCACCCGUUGACGAUAAAUCAUUAAUUAGUAAAAUUUUACCGACGAUAACAUCUUUGAAAUCUCAAAAUGAAGUAAAAUCUUCAGCACCAAUUAAUGUUCAAGCAUGUAUAACCAAUAAUGUAAAGGAUACCAGUAAAAGCCAAAAUUUGUUGAGUUCUUCGCUAAAUUCACUUUCGUCUUUGGGAUCUUCUGUAUCUUCAACAAUGUCAUCCAUAAAGUCGUUCUCACCCAUUUUUGAAGAUUCUUAUGGAAAUGCUUCAACACCGAAAAGUGAUAAGACAAUAUCGAGUCCAUCAUCUAUAAUAAGGAAUCCUGUAGGAGCCAACCCUAGAGACAUAAAUAAUCCUUUAAAUAUAAAACAAUUAACAAAUCGUAAUGACAAUGCCCGAUGUUUUUCGCCAAAUCCUGCUGUUUCUUUAUCGAUUGUGCCACCGUCAGCUGGUCCGUCGAAUAUUGGAGCUGUUAAUUCUCAGGCUAUUUUUCCGUCGUCUACAAUGUCUUCUGAUAACUUUUCUACUUUUUCACAUCUUGAGACUUCUAUAAAUACAUUUAUGCGACAGCAUAAAUCUUUUUCUUCAAAUACGACAACCUCUCAAAAUAAUUUUCCACCAAUGAUAUCUGAACCAUCAGGGAUGGCAUUUUCACAACAUAUCCCACACAUGGGACAUUAUUUUAAUUCAAUGACUUCACAGUCAGAGUCAUUGUUGGCAGCUAAUCAAUUUGCCACAGAAAGUUUCAAAAAGCAAUCAUCCAGUAAUGUUGUUAAUUCUGAACAUAUACAUAAAUCCGUUGACAAUUCAUCAAAUGAAGCCACAGGAAAUAAAAGCGGCGCUAUAAGCGUAACGUGAACCAUUCGUUUAUCAAAUAAUACAUAUUGCUUUGAUUUCAAUGUGCCUUGUAAUAUUUUAAUUUUUCCUGUUGUGGAAACUCUACAAAAAUUGAUAUUUAAAAUAUGUUUUUAAUCCAAUAUGGAAAUAAAUAAAAUGAAGAGUGAUGUUGAUAUAUGUAUAUUCUUUACACAUAUACAUAUAUAUGUAAUUUAGCAUUACUAAAAAUAUUAUUUGUAAUCGGCAGGUUAAAAUUUUUUAUACCAAUGUUAUUAAUUUUAAUAUAUUUUUUCCGAUUGGUAAAUUUUUUGUGCAUCCAAUAAGAAUUUUAAACCAAGUAAAUUAAAAUUGUAAGCUUUAUUAUAGCUUAAGAUCCAAAUUGUAAAUAUUUUUAAGUUAAAUUUUAGGAAUUUUUAAAGGAAACAAUGCAAUAUUUUAUAUAUUAAAAAUCAGAGUUCUUCCGCGAACGUCGCUGGUAUAUUUAAUUGUAAAAUUAUUAAAAAAUUAGCGUAUUGAUUUACAAAACAUCAAUUAAAAUCAGAAAUUUUGAAUUAUAAUUAGUAAGUUUUUUUGAAAGUAAAUGUGCCUAAAAAAAAGACAUUCAAAAAGCACGCUGACUGAUUAAGUGCCUUAUGUAUACAUAACAUUUUUAAAAUACUUUUAUAAAAAAAUCUAAAAAUUAAUAUCAUAAGUAAUUUUUAAAAAUUAUCUAGUGUUUAUUUGCUCACAUAAUAUACUAUACAUAUAUAUUUUAGACGUGUAUAGUAUGUAUUAAUAUAUAUACAUAUAUAUAAAAUAUAUAUUAAAUAUAUUAAUUUUAAAGCGUUUAAGGGUGAGAAAAAGAUUUUUUGUACUAUUUAAGUAUUUCAAAUAAACUAAUUGUUUAUCUUAACCAUAUUUUAAAAAUAUCUAUAUACAAUUUAAAUUUAUUUAAUCUUACAUAUUUACUUAUUCUAUUUCUUGUUUAUUCUUAAUCAUAUUAAGUAAUACAUAAAUCUUUUAAAUAGAAGCGUAUUUAAUAACGUAAUCUUAAUUUUAAAAAAUUUUGCUCUAAAAAUGGUCAUAUUUAUUAUUAUAGCUCACUUAAUAGUGCAAUGUAUUAUACAAAAAAUUUUCACCCAUUCUUAUAAAAUUUUAACUCUAUUUUUUAUACGUAGUUUUUAAGCAUACAGAAAAGUGUCAUAAUAUCUUAGGAAUAAAAUAAAAAAAAAAAUAAAAAAGUAGUACCUUAAUUACACAUAUAAGAGUCCCAGUUGAUUCCGAAUGAUGGCAAAAACACAAAAGAUAAAUGUUGUUGAUCAACAAUGCAAUCAACAAUUAUUGUAAAAGUAAAAAUGAUUAAACACCUCAUAAAAUUGAGGUGUAAAUUUGAAUUAAGGUUAAGCAAAAAGUGAAGCCAACCAAAAGAAUCAUUAACCAUCUUAAUUAAGUGCCAUCAUGCAUAAACGUAAAAUAGUUUACACAUAAUGUCUAGGUUUAAAAAUAUAUAUAUAUUAAAAAAUAAAACAUAAUCAAUUCAAUAUAAAAUAAAAUAAAACAAUGAUAAUUUGCAAUUUGUAUUUCAAUUUAAAUUAAGUUAAAUGUAGCAAUCUUUAUCAUUUAUUUAAAGAUAAUUGAGAUCAGACUCUUUUUAAAAACAAGAACAGUAUCAAAAAUUAAUUUUAAUUCAUCUUAACCAUUUGUAGACUAUAUUAUCAUAUUGAAAAUGCGGCAAAAUUGCAUUUAAAAAUUGAUUUUUUUUAUAACAAUGUGUAAAAUAAUAUUAAAAAUUUUAAUUUGGGUAGGUAUAUUUCUAUGCAUAUUUAAUAACUUUUGUAGUUAAUUUUUUAUGUAUUAUAACAAAAAUUUUUAAAUAAUUGAGUCAUUAUACAAAUAUAUAAUAAUAAGAUAAGUAAUAAUAAGGUAAAAUUUAUUUAUCA